CCCAGUUCCCAGACGUGAUCAGAAUGCCACCCAAUAGUAGCGCAACUACCGGAGUGCUCUAUGAGCCAGAAACAAAACUCCUGGAAGAUUCUCCGGCUAUGGAUAAGGAUAUCGGGCUUCAGAACACUUCAAAGGACUAUGAACUGAAAUGGGUGUGGCGAAAUAUAAUCCUCUUCGCAGUUCUUCAUAUAUCCGCGGUGUACGGUGUGUGGCUCUUUUUUACUGAGGCCUCGUGGAGAACUCAUUUGUUCUUCCUGGUGACACAGGCCAUCGGGAUUUUCGGGAUUUCUGGCGGAGCACAUCGCCUGUGGUCGCAUCGGGCCUUCAAGGCUAAUCUGCCACUGCAGCUCAUCUUGCUGUUCUGCAACACAUUUGCUUUCCAGGAUUCCGUCUAUGUUUGGGUCCGGGACCAUCGCGUGCACCACAAGUAUACGGAAACAGACGCCGAUCCGUAUAAUGCGAAGCGCGGCUGGUUCUUCGCCCACAUUGGAUGGUUGUGUUGCAAAAAGCACCCGGAUGUGGUGGCCAAAGGCAAGGAGAUUGAUCUUUCCGACCUUAAACGAGAUCCCCUCAUCAUGUUCCAGCACAAGUACUAUCUUUACUUGAUGCCAAUAAUCAGUUUCGUCCUGCCCACUGCUAUACCAAUGUACUUUUGGGGCGAGUCCUUGAACUGCUCCUGGCAUGUGAUGUCGAUGUUCCGAUGGUGCCUGACCAUGAACAUAAUCUGGAUGGUGAACAGCUCGGCACACAAAUUCGGAAUGAAGCCCUAUGACAAGAACAUUGGACCUACGAAUGAGAAUGUUCUGAUAUGGAUGCGGCUCGGGGAGGGCUACCACAAUUAUCACCACACUUUCCCGUGGGACUACAAAGCCUCGGAACUGGGCCCCUAUUCCUGGGAACUAAUCACAUGGUUGAUCGACUGUUUCGCUAAACUUGGCUGGGCAUACGAUUUGAAGUCAGCGUCAGAAGAUUUAAUCCGACAACGAGUCCAGCGCACGGGCGACGGGUCCCAUCCCUUAUGGGGAUGGGGAGACAAGGACCAACUGAUGGAGGACAUUGUUGGAACUACGAUCUCUAACUGACGACAAAUCCUCAUUUUAACUCAAAUUCAUUCUUUAUACUAUAAUGACGCAAUAAAAUCGUAUUCAAAUUCUACGGAAUUUACAACUCAA